GAAAAAAUACAUUCAAAGAGAAGUUGUAGAAACUUGAACAUAUAUGAGUUGAUAAACCAAGCGCUCUUGAAGAAUACAGGACCAUCAAAUUUCACUUUAUAAGGGUAGCUGCUUGGAUCCAGAAGGAGUAGUAGUACUUAACAGGAAAGAAAAUGUACUAUCAGCAGCAGCAGCAAGCUAAGAACAUGCAUGCUUUGAGGAUGCACAGUCCUACUGAGAGGCAUAUGAUGAUGCAAGGAGGCAAUGGAACAGGUGAUUCAGGACUUGUUCUCUCAACUGAUGCAAAGCCUAGACUAAAAUGGACACCAGAUCUUCAUGAACGGUUCAUAGAAGCAGUUAAUCAACUUGGAGGAGCAGACAAAGCUACACCAAAAACAGUAUUGAAACUGAUGGGAAUUCCUGGACUUACUCUUUACCACUUAAAGAGCCAUCUACAGAAGUACAGGAUCAGUAAAAAUAUGCAUGGACAAACCAACACUGGCAACAAUAAAAUAGCAUCAACCACAGAAGCAGCAGGGAGAAUGUUAGAAACAAGUGGAAUUCAAAUGAAACAUUUAAGCAUAGGCCUGCAGACAAACAAAAAUUCAGAAAUAAAUGAGGCAUUGCAAAUGCAAAUUGAAGUACAAAGAAGACUACAUGAGCAGCUUGAGCAGGUACAGAGACAUUUACAACUAAGGAUAGAGGCUCAAGGGAAGUACCUUCAGGCAGUGCUAGAAAAAGCUCAAGAGACUCUAGGAAGACAAAAUUUAGGUAGUGAGGGUCUUGAAGCUGCCAAGGUUCAACUCUCUGAACUGGCAUCAAGAGUAUCCUCUCAAUGCCUUGACUCUAAAUAUCAAGAACUGAAAGAAUUGCAGGUUUUGUGGCCUCAGCAAACACAAGAUGGCCAAGCCACUGAUUGUUCAAUGGGUAGUUUCUUAGCCUACAGUGAAGAAUCUCAAAGAGACCAAGAAACACAUAACAAGGGGCUGAACUUGAGAGCCUAUAAUGGCCUUCCUUUUUCAGUUUCAAAAGAAUGUGUAGAAGAGUCUAUGCAUUUAAAGCCUGAUCUCACAUUGUGUGAAGAAGUGAAGGAGGAUGUCAUGUUUCUUUCCUCAUCAAGUGAUCAUAAUAAAAUAGUAAAGGGAAAUUUUUUACCAGAAAGGACUUCAAGCCUCUUAUCCAUGAAUGUAGGAGUUCAAGAAGAAGAAAAUUUUGGGACAACUGUUUCAAAGGAAGAAGGAUGGAAGGGAAGUGAUAGUACUGAAACUAGGAGAGUGCCAUUUAAACUGAACCAUGAGAAGAUUUCUCAAGAUUAUAGACUUUCUAACUUUGACAUGAAACUGGACCUUAAUUCCCAUGAUGACAAUGAUGCUUCUUCCCACUGCCAACAGUUUGAUUUGAAUGGUUUCAGCUGGAAUUGCUAGGACUUAUAGUAAGUAAAUUUGGAGAUGAAAGGUAAGAAGGAUUCAUGUUGAGUUCCUACUCCAUGAGUUUCACAUUAGAGAACAUUUUUGGGGAGUAACUUGCAUCUAGUUUUUGGCACAUGCCAAUUACAACCCAUUGACAAUAACUAAGCUAAGCAGAAUAAAUUGCUCCAUACAAU